GAUCUGAGUGAGUUAAAUUCGACAACAGUGAAGAGCCCCACCAACACUGUGGCAGUGCAAAACCUCAAAGCUGGCACCAUCUACGUCUUCCAGGUGCGGGCACGUACUGUGGCCGGAUAUGGCCGGUAUAGUGGCAAGAUGUAUUUCCAGACCAUGACUGAAGCCGAGUACCAGACCAGUGUCCAGGAGAAGCUGCCGCUCAUCAUUGGCUCCUCCGCGGCAGGGCUGGUGUUCCUCAUUGCUGUCGUCGUCAUCGUUAUUGUGUGCAACAGAAGACGUGGCUUUGAGCGUGCUGAUUCUGAGUACACCGACAAGCUGCAGCACUAUACCAGUGGCCACAUGACUCCAGGGAUGAAGAUUUAUAUUGAUCCAUUCACCUACGAGGAUCCCAAUGAGGCCGUCAGGGAAUUUGCAAAAGAAAUUGAUAUCUCUUGUGUCAAAAUCGAGCAGGUGAUCGGGGCGGGAGAGUUUGGUGAGGUGUGCAGUGGGCAUCUCAAGCUUCCUGGCAAAAGAGAGAUCUUUGUGGCCAUCAAGACCCUGAAGUCUGGUUACACGGAGAAGCAGAGACGGGACUUCCUGAGCGAAGCCAGCAUCAUGGGCCAGUUUGACCACCCCAACGUCAUCCACCUGGAGGGGGUGGUGACCAAGAGUUCACCAGUCAUGAUCAUUACUGAGUUCAUGGAGAAUGGCUCACUGGAUUCCUUCUUGCGGCAAAACGACGGGCAGUUCACAGUGAUCCAGCUGGUGGGCAUGUUGCGGGGCAUCGCAGCAGGCAUGAAGUACCUGGCCGAUAUGAACUACGUGCACCGGGACCUGGCUGCCCGCAACAUCCUGGUGAACAGCAAUCUGGUCUGCAAAGUGUCUGACUUCGGCCUCUCGCGUUUUCUGGAGGACGACACCUCUGAUCCCACCUACACCAGUGCACUGGGUGGGAAGAUCCCAAUACGGUGGACAGCACCGGAGGCAAUUCAGUACCGAAAAUUCACAUCGGCCAGUGAUGUGUGGAGCUAUGGAAUAGUCAUGUGGGAGGUGAUGUCAUAUGGCGAGCGGCCUUACUGGGAUAUGACCAAUCAAGAUGUGAUAAAUGCUAUUGAGCAGGACUAUCGGCUGCCACCGCCGAUGGAUUGUCCAAACGCCCUGCACCAGCUGAUGCUUGACUGUUGGCAGAAGGAUCGAAACCAUAGACCCAAAUUUGGGCAAAUUGUCAACACCUUAGAUAAAAUGAUCCGAAAUCCUAACAGCCUGAAAGCCAUGGCACCUCUUUCCUCUGGGAUGAACCUCCCCCUACUUGACCGCACAAUCCCGGAUUACACCAGCUUCAACACUGUGGAUGAAUGGCUGGAUGCCAUCAAGAUGAGCCAGUACAAGGAGAGCUUUGCCAGUGCUGGUUUCACCACCUUUGACGUAGUAUCUCAGAUGACUGUAGAGGACAUUCUGCGAGUUGGGGUCACUUUAGCAGGACACCAGAAGAAAAUUCUGAACAGUAUCCAGGUGAUGAGAGCACAGAUGAACCAAAUUCAGUCUGUGGAGGUUUGAUAGGUACGUGUCCUACUCCUCUUCCUUGAGGCCCUGCUCCCCUUUGCCCCUGUAUGUCCAAGCUCCAGUUCUUGAGUGUUCUGCAUGGACCAGAGACAGGCAGCUGCCCUGAGGAUCAUGGCAACAGGAAGAAACACCCUGUCAUAAUAAUGAGAAGUCGCCAAGAGCUUCUAGAAUUUAAGCAAUGGAAAAAGGGAA